AUGUCAUCUGUAACUCGACUCCAUCUGUUAAGUCGGAGCAUGUUGAAUGUCAGUUGCCAGAAGCAGAAGCACUGCAGUUUCCCGCUGACUCUCACAGACAGCUCUAUGGAGUUUGUGGGACAGCCAAGACCUUCUGAGGCCUGCAACCUCUUAGCCGUCCCUGGCCUCAGCUGCUUGGAUGUGGAUGAAGAUGAAGGUGAAGUGGUCAUCGGCAUCAGGCCCAAAUCUUCUCCUCUCCCACGGAGAAAGAGCUCUGUCACUGAUGAAGACUCAGAGCCAGAGCCACCUCCCUGUGGUUCCAGGAGAGUGUCCUUUGCAGAUGCCAAAGGCUUCAGUCUGGUGCAAGUGAAGGAGUUUGAUACAUGGGAUGUACCCAAACUGCCAGGAUAUGACACUCCGGAUGGUAAAGACAAAGAUGCAGAGGAAUACUACCUCUCAAGUUUUACAUUUUUCCGUCCACUGUCAUCUGAGGAGCUCUUCAACAAAGUAUUGGAGCAGAAAGUAGAACUGGAAACAAUUGAGUUACUUCCAGGGACCACUAUAGUAAAAGGUGUGAUCCGUGUCCUCAACAUCUCCUACAGUAAGGCAGUAUACAUCAGAACCACUUUGGAUGAGUGGUCCACCCACUUUGACCUCUUGGCAGAGUAUGUCCCUGGUUCUAGUGACGGUGUGAUGGACUGCUUUUCAUUUAAGCUCACCUUAGUGCCUCCCUUUGGGGAUCAGGGAGCCAGAGUUGACUUUUGUCUGCGGUAUGAAACCCCUGUGGGGACAUUCUGGUCUAACAAUAACAACAGAAACUACGUGCUCUUCUGUCACCACAGAAUGAAAGAGGAGAAAGAAAACCCACUGAAGGAAAAUGUGAACAAGAAAAGCUGCCUAAAGACUGUCAGUCCGAACAUCUCCCCUGUGGAAAACAAGUCAUCUAAGCAAGAAUCAUCAGAGGAAAAUAUUUCAACAGAUGAGCCUAAUAUGGAAGUGGAAGUACACCAAAUGAAAGCUGAGAGUCCAUCAAGAACAUCAGAAGAAAAGAAACAGGAAUUACUGAUGGAGAACAAACAGAACAGCAGCCGAAGAAGACACAGGAAGGCUGCACAGUUGGCCAGAGUGAGGGACUACUUUGCUCAAAGAAAUGGAGGAGCAAAUGACUCUGACAGAGAUGAAUCACAUCCAGAAAUAAAACAGGCAACACAAGAAGAAACCCAAGGGGAGAAACGUGCAGAUAUGCACUCAUAUUCUACAGGGAACAGUAAAUCAGAAUGCACUCAGUUAGUUUUUGAGGCCUUGGAAACAAGCAGCGAACUUCGUCAUAAUGUAGCAUAUGAUCACCCAACUAGCAAAGAUGUGGAGAAAUCUGACCCAGCCACAUUAGCACGAGUUGAGAGUGCAACAGAUAUCCCAGACAAGCAGUCAGCUGAGUCUGCUUCUGGAAAACAACAAAAUAUCAGUGAGCUUGAUGAAGACUUCUGGUUAACAGACACUAAUGUGCUGAAAAACUGGGAAAUGAUGGUAGAAGAGGAGGAAAACGCCAUAUUAGCAAACGAAGAACAAAGUGAGCUCAUAAAUGAAAACGCUAAAGAAGCUGAAGCGCUGGAGAAAGAUGCUACAGAGAGGAAAACAGAAGAAGUGGAGAAGAUGGACAACACUGUGGCGGUAGAGAAGAAGGAGUGGACAAAGGUCCAAGAUGAAGAGGGAGUGAAAGUGGAGGAAAAAAUGGAAAUGAACCAUGGAGGUGAAGCAGGUGUUGAACAGGAGCAUCACAGAGAGCUACAAGAGGAAAAAGAAGAGGAACACAUUUCAAAUCGUGGAGAGGAAAACACAGUGAUUGAAACAGGAGAGGCAGAGAUUGUAGAAGCAGACUCCGAAAACAAAGGCAAUGAAGUGGACUACUUUCAAGAGAGGUCAGACAUUACACAAAGCAAGGUUGUAGAUGGUUUAUCUGCUCUGGUGAGCAAUGGGCUGGAGGUUGAGAAAGAAUAUACAAAGGAGGAGCAAUAUGAAAACAUUAUGAAAGGUUUUCCAAGCAACGAGGAUGUUACACAAGACCGAUCAAAAACCAACAAACACCCUGCUUUAGAGGGAGACAUGAAUGUUUCAACAGAUGAACCUGAAAGUGACCAAACAUGUCAAGACAGUGCUUCAGCAGAGUCGGACUCCGACGAUGAGGUGGAGUUGUACAUGCACUGUUUGAGGGCCGUUGGGGCUUCAACACCAGCCCAUAAAGACAGAAUCAAAGAUGCAGGUUUAACUGUGAGCAAAAGGCCGUCUAUAAGCAGAGGAAAACUGCCUUCAACACUCAUGCCGUCCAUCAGGGAAUCUCUGGAUGAAGAGCAGCACGUUAGCAUAAACGAGGAGAGUCAUGACGACAUGAAGACGGCAGCCUCAACAGCUCCGUCAGUUUCAAGUGGACAGGAGGAGUUGGCCUUUACAGAGAUGAUGCUCACAUACUGA